AUGACCAUUGACGAAGACUUUGAAAGCCCGGGUCUGGAAAAUGACUCCAAUUGGGGGUCAAACAAAGUGUUUCAAAACUACUUGAUGCCGACAUUAAAGCUCUAUGACACCAGGGUAUCUAUCAAUCAUUGGCAAUUGAGAGAUUGUGUUAAGCAUUCGUCUCGCGAGCCGGGCAAGAUAUACUACAUCUAUGACCACUCCAUCCGUGUUCUCGAUACAAGAGCAAAUCACUCCGGGACAAAGCUUGAUGCUAAAAAAGUGGGUCUUAGAGAUCGGAAAAGAAGGAGUUCAUCUCCUAAGAGACACGUCAAAAGCCAAUUGCGCUCCCCCUCUCAGAAGCUGGUUGAGUUUGACUUUAAGUCUCGUUGCUUUCAGGAAAGAGGCGGCUUACUUGCAUCAGGCGGACUCAUGGGACCGGACGAUAAUGGUAAUUGGGCACAAUUUUCGCGACAGUCAUCUUCUACUGCUGACAACAGCGCAAGUGACAGUUCAAAUUCUAAAAUCGAACCUAUCAAAAUCGCAAAUGGUGCCGUUUUAUCCGAUCACAAUCCUUAUAGCAACCCGGAAAGUUGGAAGGGUGUCUUGUCAGUCUACAAUGAAGAAAACGACACUAGCUUAACCUAUCGAUUAGGCCAAUAUAUUAAUAAUUGCGUGUUACUUCAUCCAAAGUCAACCCAGCAGUUUGAUCUUUUUGCCUGCAAUAAUGACGCUCACUUGUAUCAGUGCGAUAUAAGCAAUAGAGGUGUCGAGCUUACAAGAAGGUAUUCUGAUCUAAAAUUUUCGCUAAACAACGCAACGCUAUCCCACGACGGAAAGACUCUGAUCACGUCUGGCGAUUCCAGCAAGUUUGCCAUUUACCACCAGAACGAAAUCACAGGGUUUUUCUCUUUAAAAUACGACACCCAGCCUCAAUGGGGUAGCUCUUUCAUUAGAAACAAACGCAUUCCUCGCUACGCAAUGCCCGACAGGUCGGGAUUCAUUGAUAACAUCUAUGAGGUCCCCGGUGGAGAUCAUGGAUUUUAUACGAGCUUUAGUGAAAAUGAUCUUCUAUUUGCAUCAGUCUUUCAAAAUGGGACAUGCUGGGUAUAUGACGCAAGAAAAAUGGAGACACCUUUGGCGGAGAUCAAUUCAACUCGCAAAUACACUCAAAAUGGCGCUUUCAGAGUCUGCAAGUUCAGUGAAGGAAUGGAUGACCUGUUGUUCAUUUCCGAACAUCAUGGAAGGGUCCAUGUUGUUGAUACACGAAAUUUCAUGAACCAUCAAGUGAUCAUGAUUCCUGACAGAAACAGUAGUUCAGGUGAUGAUAAGCAACCCCCCGCUACGGCCAGACGAAGUUCUAUGCCCGCUCAGCUCAAUGACCCUCAUACCACGUUCGCGGCCAGUAUUCCUGUCAGUGAGCUUCAACCGCAGUUGAUUCCCUAUCCGAAGGUCAUCAAUUGUAUGAAUAAUAACUUGGAUGCCAGUCGUCCCGACGAGGAGUCUGCUGAGACAGUUGUUACAGGGCGUAGAGAAAGAAGGAGGUCAUCAUUUAGAGUCAGAAGGUUUUCGACAUCCAACAAUUCGCCUGUAUUGUCGCUAGAGUCUAUUGAUCCAUCAAUUUUAGAUUCACGAUAUAACGCUCAAAAUUAUAGAGCAGUUGAUAACUACAAUUAUGUCGGAGAAAGCCGUAGAGGAAGCGAAUUCAGCCUUCAUCGUCAGAAUCACCUACCCCACCACACGGAUAGUGAAUCAUUGUUCGUUAACGAUGUUGAAGUGGUGGAGGCCUAUAGUGACGUUAAUGAUGAAUUAUCUCAUACUAUUGUACCAGGUUCGCGAUCACAGGCAAGACGGACCAGUCCUAGUGUACUACAAUAUACGCGUGGGAGUGACUUAUCUACUAAUGGUACUGAUGAAAACAGUAUUUCGGGUAUUGAUUGGAUGGAUGAUGAAGAAGGAAGCUCAUUAGUUAUAGGUACUGAUUAUGGAAUUAUGAAGUGGAAUAUCAACUCUUGGGCUCGCAGGUCUUUCCCAAGUUACGACUUCUGUUGA